AUUUGAAUGCGAAUAAUGCUUCUGGUUUUGUUUUUUAUGUUUAUGUUGCAGGCAACAUGCUCUUUCUUCAGGCAGCCAGCAAACUUUGCUCCGGAUUUAGCGCUGUCAUUAUCCGAGCUUGCUGCAUUUGACAUGUGCCGAAAGAGAGCCAUCUUUAAGCCAAUGACAACAGAAGAAAGGCAAGAUUUGAAGCAAAGAUGUGGAGGCUCUUGGAAGUUGGUUCUGAGGUAUUUAUUGGCUGGAGAAGCAUGUUGCAGGAGGGAGAAAUCACAGGCAAUAGCAGGUCCUGGUCACAGCAUUGCUGUGACAUCUAAAGGGGAUGUUUAUUCGUUUGGAUCCAACAGUUCAGGACAACUCGGGCACGGCACCACCGAUGAAGAAUGGCGACCGCGGCCAAUAAGAACUUUGCAAGGCAUUCGAAUUAUACAAGCUGCUGCCGGUGCUGGGAGGACAAUGUUGAUCACUGAUUCCGGACAAGUCUAUGCAUUUGGAAAAGAUUCUUUUGGAGAAGCUGAAUACGGAGGUCAAGGAUCUAAAGUUGUCACAAGUCCACAGUUGGUGGAGUCUUUGAAAAACAUAUUUGUUGUCCAAGCUGCAAUUGGUAACUUUUUUACCGCGGUAUUGUCAAGAGAAGGCAGGGUUUAUACAUUUUCUUGGGGUAACGAUGGAAAACUCGGCCACCACACUGAUCCAAAUGAUAUGGAACCUCAUCCUUUAUUAGGAGCUUUGGAAGACAUACCAGUAGUGCAAAUUGCCGCGGGAUAUUGCUACCUUCUUUGUUUGGCUUGUCAACCUAGUGGAAUGUCAGUAUACUCCGUUGGGUGUGGCUUGGGAGGCAAGCUAGGACACGGAACAAGAACUGACGAAAAGUUCCCUCGUUUGAUCGAACAGUUCCAGACGCUAAACAUUCAACCCAUGGUGGUUGCAGCCGGUGCAUGGCACGCUGCAGUUGUAGGACAGGAUGGCCGUGUUUGCACAUGGGGAUGGGGCCGAUACGGUUGUUUGGGACACGGGAAUGAAGAAUGUGAAGCAGCACCUAAGGUAGUAGAAGCAUUGACCAAUGUCAAAGCUGUUCAUGUCGCAACAGGAGAUUACACAACCUUUGUGGUCUCUGAAGAUGGUGACGUUUAUUCAUUCGGUUGUGGAGAAUCUGCUAGUCUCGGUCAUAACGCAGUAAAUGACGAACAGGGAAACAGGCAUGCGAAUGUGUUAAACCCCGAGCUCGUGACAUCGCUGAAGCAGAUCAAUGAAAGGGUGGUACAGAUUAGUCUGACAAAUUCGAUAUACUGGAAUGCUCAUACCUUUGCUCUAACUGAAUCAGGGAAGCUUUACGGAUUUGGGGCAGGAGACAAAGGACAGCUAGGAAUUGAACUUGUUGCGAACCAGACAGAAAGGGUAAAUCCGGAACGGGUUGACAUUGAUCUCGGCUAACUAUAUCGGCCUCUAAUCACCAAUUCUUUAAACCGUUUUAUAUCGUCUAAUUAACGAUCAUGCAUAGCAUUUAGUGUUUAAGUUUCCUUGUCUAUUUUGUAAAUAUAAUCAAAAGAAUGCAGUGUGAUGAAGGUCCAAGGUAGGUAAAUCAGCUAACAAGGGCUUCAGCUA